AUGAGCUCGAAGUUGGGAAAGAAGAUAGAGCAGUUAGAAGAGGAGAAGAUGAAGUUGGGACUAGACGCCGAUAUCCAUAAGCUAGAGGUCGAAAAAUUGAGGAAGGGAAAGAACAAGGCCGAGGAAGAUUUGGAUAGUUUGAAAACUGAUUACAAGAAGCUGCAUAUAUCGAUAAGAACUGCAGGCUUGGGUAAAACGUCUGAGCAGUGGCGUCAAGAAAUUAAAGAAAAAAAGACCAGAGCUGAUCAUUGGGAGAAGAAAUUUCAAGAUGUUCGAGUGCGAGAGGACGCUUUGAAAAAGAGUUUGUUAGAAAGUCAAAGCGAAAAAGAGAGGUUACGAGCUUGGGUGGCCGAAUUGGAAAAAUCACUACAUCAGUAUCGCAUUUGUAACUCUGUAAUUGAAUUGAAGGCUAGUCUAGGCAAGAUCGAUGAGUUGAAAAAGAAAAUUGAGGAACUCGAGACUGCACUACAAGAUAGUCAAAUUCGAGUAGAAAUCCUUGAGGCAAACAGUGAACAUUCCAAAGAACAACUUUGCCACUCUCAAGAUCAGAUCAGAAAUAGAGAUUAUGUCAUGGGCGAGGCUGUGACUCAAGUUCGAAAGUUGUUGGUCAAAGAACGCGAAAAAGGGAAGAAUACUACGAACGAAAAUGAGGAUCCUAUCUACCCGCCAGGCUUUACUCUAAUUAACAUCCAGACACCACCAGAAGUAUACCCACGAGGGAUACCCAUUACUGUCAGGCCUCAACAACAUCAAACCGAUACCUCGGCACUAAUGAACUAUCAAACAAGCUCGGGCUCCAAUCUUGGGGAUAAUCCAACCAAUCCUGUUGUUCCUGAUCUCGAUAAUGUAGCAGAGAUGGAGAAAACAAGAGUGGAACUGUCAAAACAACUGGAGGAUUGA